AUGAAGAUCUAUCCUCUAUAUUCAAACAGCUCCCUUUUCGCUUGCGCCGGCGGCGAGCUCAACACCAUCCAUGUAAUGGAUUCGCAGGGCCAGCACUGUAAUCGAGCAGUAUUGUACCCUUACCGAGACUGGCGGCUGGUGGAGAAGAUCCAUCCCAACGGCGAAGGCACCGAAUACACGGCGUUAGACGUUAAAGGCAACGUCAUCAGCGGCGACACAUUGGUGAAGCUCUACAAAUCCUUUGAGAAAGGGCAUCGGCUGGCCAACUUCGCCGGCGUCCAGAUCGUUUGUCAGUACACCAAAACCGGUGAGCUGCAGGGCGCCAAGAACGCCAGCGGUUUCGGAUGGCAGUGGUUCAAGGAAGAGCCUGCCGCCAGCAGCAGCAGUAGCGGUCCUACUCCUCCGAGCGUCAGCGACGACACGAAGAAGGUUGGAGAGCUGACGGAGGAGCUGAAGAAGGCAAAGGAGGAGAUAGCCAAAAAGGACCAACUGAUCAACAAGCAACGCAACGAGAUCGCUGCGAAAGACAAGGAGAUCGACGCGAGAAGCAAGGAUCUGGAAGCCCAAAACAAGGCGGUACACGAUAAGGACGAGGAGAUGAAGAAGAAAGAGGAGGAGAUUCGCAAGGGGGCUCAGGACCUCGAUGCAGCGAAAAAUAAGAUCGAGGAGUUAAACGUCCGUUUGAAGAGGUGUGAGGAUGAGAUUGCGAAGAAGGACGAUGAGAUUCGCGAGAGGAAUGAGGAUCUGGCUGAAUCAAGGAGCAAGAUCGUUGAGUUGGCAGCAAUUAUCGAUAAGUACGUGGAAGAUAUGGCGGAGAAAAAUGAGGAGCUGGAAUCAAAGGAUGAAAAGAUAAAGGACCUGGAAGCAAUUAUUAUAAAGGAUGAGGAAGAAGCUAACAGGUAUAAACAGGAGCUGCAAGCAAAGAAUAAUAAGAUAGAGGAGCUGGAGGCAAUCAUCAAGGAUGGUGAAAAAGAAGCUGCCCAAAAGAUUGAGGAGCUGGAAGAAAAGAAUAAUAAGAUUGAGGAGCUGGAAGCCCUUGUUAAAAAGUGUAAGGAAGAUGCUGCCCAAAAAGUCCAGGAGUUGGAAGCAAUUAUCAACAAGGGUGAGAAAGAUGAUGCUCAGAAAGUUCAGGAUCUAGAAGAAAAAAAUAAAAAGAUUGAGGGGCUGGAAGCAAUUAUUAAGGAGCGGGAGGCAGAAAUUGCCGAGAAAAAUCACGAGUUGGAUGCCAAGGAAGGGAAGAUAGAGGAGUUAAUAGUUGUUAUCAACAAGAAAGACGAUGAGAUUGCAGCGAUGAAAAAUCAAGGGUCGCGCCCUACUGUAUCGCCGAUAGUAACGACGCUGCCAACAGCAGAGGGGUUAUCGGGAGGAUUAUUGGUUGAAGAAAUUGUGACGAAUUCUAAGGAUGUCAAAAUAGCUAUUUCGCUGAAGAUCGACCUUGUGAAGGAUGAGAAAUCAACCAACAAUAUAAUGCAAGAGAAGAUAGAUUUCAUGGAGCAAGAAUCAAAGCAAAAAGACGAAGCAAUUUCAGAGUUGAAGAAAGUAAUAAAUGAUAGGGACAAAGCCAUACAAAAGCAAAGCGAGGAGCUUGCAAAGCUGAUAGCUCAACAAUCAUCUAAUUCCAUGGCACCAACGCAAGAACCAGUCAUGCUUGAUGACAUUGUGAGUACCCUACUGAUAGAAAAGGUACAAAUGAAAAAACAACUAGACGAAGCACGCAAAGAGAGAGAUGCCAUGGGUCAACAACUAGAACAGAAGAUAGAGGAACUCAAUGCCAAAGAUGAGGAGAUGACCAAGAAAGAUGCGGAGCUCGAGGCGAAAAACAAGCACAUGAUCGAGGCGGAAGAGGCGAUGAAGAAGAAACUAGAUGAGGAGAUUGGUAAGAUGAAGGAAGAACUAAAGAACAAAGAAGAGGAGGUUAAGGAGAAAGAUAAAGAGAUUGUUGAUCAGGUAACGAAGUUGGAAGCUGAUAAGAAAUUGAUCGACCAAAAAGAGAAAAUGAUCAAGAAGAAGGACAGGCAGAUUAAAAAGCAGACCAAUAAGGUGAAAGUGAAAAUUGAGCAACUUGGAAUAGCAAAAGCUAAAAUAGUGAAAUUGAGGAAUGCUCUAAAAGAAUUCAGCGCCUUGGACGAGGAUGAAGAUGUUGAUGAUGAUGAAGACGAUGAGGAGGAGGAUGAAGACAAUUGAGUGUUGAAAAAUGGAUGGUUGUAUUAUUUUAUGUGUGGAUUUCUCAACAAUAGUACUUAUGCAUGUGAAUUCCCCCUGGGUUUUCAUCUAGGGCUAGUAAUUUACAUUUUGGUUUGGAGUUUGUUUGGGAGAGUAGUAAUCCAGAUUCUUAUGGUUUUGGCCUUUCUUUUGGGCUUUGAAUUU